CCCUGCGCGGCCAUAGCGGGGAGACAGCGCGGCCCUUCCCCCGCCGCAUGGGAGGGAGCCGCCGCCGCCGCCGCCUCGCCGCGCGCAGGAGGAGACGCGGAACAGGUGGCCGGAGGCAGCAGCGAGCGCUGGCACCGCCCCGGCGGCGGCCGAGCAUGUGAGCGGGGCCCCCGCAGCGCCGGCCGGGGACUCGGCCGGUCCGCAGCAGCCGCCGCCGCCGCCCUCCCUGGGGCCGGGCUCCUGCCCGGUGCUGGCGGCUGGCCGCGGGGGGCGCAGAGCCAGGCGCGCCCGGAGCUGGGGGCCGAGCAGCGCGCGCGGGGCAGGAUGAAAGUCACCGUGUGCUUCGGGCGGACCCGGGUGGUCGUGCCCUGCGGGGACGGCAACAUGAAAGUUUUCAGCCUCAUCCAGCAAGCGGUGACCAGGUACAAGAAGGCGAUCGCCAAGGAUCCAAACUAUUGGAUACAAGUACAUCGCCUGGAGCAUGGGGAUGGAGGAAUCCUAGACCUUGAUGACACUCUUUGUGAUGUAGCUGACGACAAAGAUAGACUCGUAGCCAUAUUUGAUGAACAAGAUCCACAUCAUGGAGGUGAUGGCACCAGCGCUAGCUCGACGGGCACUCAAAGUCCAGAGAUUUUUGGCAGUGAACUUGGCUCCAACUCUGUGUCAGCCUUUCAGCCUUAUCAAGCAACAAGUGAAAUUGAGGUCACACCUUCAGUUCUUCGUGCAAAUAUGCCUCUUCAUGUACGGCGUAGCAGUGACCCCGCAUUGAUUGGCCUUUCGACCUCUGUAAGCGAUACUAAUUUUUCUUCAGAAGAACCUUCCCGAAAAAACCCCACAAGAUGGUCCACAACAGCAGGCUUCCUCAAGCAGAACACCCCUGGGAUGCCCAGUAGUCAUGACAGAAAGAAAGAUGAAAACUACAGAAGCUUACCUCGGGAUACUAGUAACUGGUCUAACCAGUUUCAGAGAGAGAAUGCUCGCUCAUCGUUAAGUGCCAGUCAUCCCAUGGUGGACAAGUGGCUGGAGAGGCAAGAACAGGAUGAAGAUGGGACAGAGGAGGACAACAGCAGAGUUGAACCAGUUGGACAUGCAGACAGUGGUUUGGAGAGCACCACCAACUUUUCCUUAGAUGAUAUGGUAAAGCUCGUAGAAGUCUCCAAUGACGGCGGGCCUUUGGGAAUCCAUGUAGUGCCUUUCAGUGCCAGAGGCGGAAGAACCCUGGGGUUGUUAGUAAAACGACUGGAGAAAGGUGGAAAAGCUGAACAAGAAAACCUUUUUCAUGAGAAUGAUUGUAUUGUCAGGAUUAAUGAUGGAGACCUUCGCAAUAGGAGAUUUGAACAAGCACAGCAUAUGUUUCGUCAAGCCAUGCGUUCGCCCAUCAUUUGGUUCCAUGUGGUUCCUGCAGCAAAUAAAGAGCAAUAUGAACAGUUAUCCCAAAGUGAGAAGAACAUGUACUACUCCAGUCGGUUUAGCCCUGAUUCCCAGUAUAUCGACAACAAGAGUAUUAACAAUGCUGGACUUCACACAUUACAAAGAAUAUCUAGAAUGAGUAACCAGACAGAUCAAACAGACUCUUACUCACAGCUACCUCAUAGUGUGAAUUCAUCAGGGAAACCACCAUCAGGCCUGGCUCCAUCACCUCAAAAAGUUCUUACCUCCACUACAAACAGUGGUUAUAACACCAAAAAGAUAGGGAAGAGACUUAAUAUACAACUGAGAAAAGGUACAGAAGGCUUGGGAUUUAGCAUCACCUCAAGAGAUGUACCCAUUGGUGGCUCAGCUCCAAUUUAUGUGAAAAACAUCCUUCCAAGAGGUGCAGCUAUUCAAGAUGGGAGACUAAAGGCUGGAGACCGACUUAUUGAGGUAAAUGGAGUUGAUUUAACCGGCAAAACCCAGGAGGAAGCUGUCUCCCUGCUGAGAAACACUAAGAUGGGAGGGACUGUGAGCCUUUUGAUUUUCCGUCAGGAAGAAACAUUCCAUCCAAGGGAACUGAGUGCAGAACAAAGCCAGUCACAAAUUGCAAAGGAAACGAAAUCAGAAGAAGAAGAUCUUGUUCUUACACCUGAUGGCACCAGGGAAUUCCUGACAUUUGAAGUUCCACUUAAUGAUUCUGGAUCAGCUGGUCUUGGUGUCAGUGUCAAAGGUAACCGGUCAAAAGAAAACCAUGCGGAUUUGGGAAUCUUUGUCAAGUCCAUUAUUAACGGAGGAGCAGCGUCAAAGGAUGGCAGGCUUCGAGUGAAUGAUCAGCUAAUAGCUGUAAAUGGAGAAUCAUUAUUAGGCAAGACAAACCAAGAUGCUAUGGAAACCCUAAGAAGGUCCAUGUCUACAGAAGGAAACAAACGAGGAAUGAUUCAGCUUAUUGUAGCUAGACGAAUAAGUAAAUGCAAUGAGUUGGAGUCACCUGGAAGCCCUCCUGGGCCAGAGCUGCCUAUAGAUACUAUACUGGAUGACAGGGAACGUAGAAUUUCCCAUUCGCUAUACAGUGGGAUUGAGGGUCUCAGCGAAUCGCCCACAAGGACUGCGGCACUAAGUAGGAUAAUGGGUAAAUACCAGCUGUCUCCAACAGUGAACAUGCCACAGGAUGACACUGUUAUUAUUGAAGACGAUAGACUGCCAGUACUUCCACCACAUCUUUCUGACCAAUCAUCUUCCAGCUCCCAUGAUGAUGUAGGAUUUGGAACCACAGAUGUUGGCGCAUGGGCUAAAGCCACAAUUAAUGAAUCUACAGACUGCACUCUUAGUCCAGAUGUUGAUCCAGUGCUUGCCUUCCAGCGAGAGGGUUUCGGACGCCAGAGCAUGUCAGAAAAACGCACAAAGCAAUUUUCAGAUGCCAGUCAGUUGGAGUUUGUUAAAACGCGAAAAUCCAAAAGCAUGGAUUUAGUAGCUGACGAGACUAAGCUCAGUACAGUGGAUGACCAGAAAACAGGUUCCCCAACAAGAGAUGUGGGUCCUUCAUUAGGUCUGAAGAAAUCCAGCUCAUUAGAAAGUCUACAGACAGCUGUUGCUGAGGUGACUUUGAAUGGUGACAUUCCCUUCCAUCGUCCACGCCCACGGAUAAUACGAGGACGAGGUUGCAAUGAGAGCUUCAGAGCUGCAAUUGACAAAUCAUAUGAUAAACCUGUUGCAGAUGAUGACGAUGAAGGAAUGGAGACCUUGGAGGAAGACACAGAGGAGAGUUCAAGAUCAGGCAGAGAAUCUGUGUCCACAGCAAGUGACCAGCCAUCUCACUCACUGGAGAGACAGAUGAAUGGAAGCCAAGAUAAAGGUGACAGAAAAAAGGCUGGAAAGGACAAGAAGAAAGACCGCGAUAAAGAGAAGGAUAAAAUUAAGGCAAAGAAAGGAAUGCUCAAAGGCUUAGGAGACAUGUUCAGGUUUGGCAAACAUCGCAAAGAUGACAAGAUUGAGAAAACUGGUAAAAUUAAAGUUCAGGAAGCCCUUACUUCAGAAGAGGAGAGAAUACGAAUGAAGCAAGAACAGGAGAGAAUUCAAGCUAAAACUCGGGAAUUUCGAGAGAGACAAGCUCGUGAACGUGACUAUGCCGAGAUCCAAGAUUUUAACCGGACAUUUGGAUGUGAGGCUGACCCAGUGUAUGCUGGAAUGGAUUCAUAUGACUCUUCCACAAACAGUGGUGCAAUGACUUUUAACACCAGGCCACAAAGCCCCAAGGAAGGACAGACAGUUGAAGCGUUGUAUGCCCAAGUGAAGAAACCAAGAAAUUCAAAGUCUUCACCUGUAGACAGCAACAGAUCAACUCCUAGCAAUCAUGACCGGAUACAGCGUCUGAGGCAAGAAUUUCAGCAAGCAAAGCAAGACGAAGAUGUGGAAGACCGCAGACGUACCUAUAGUUUUGAACAACCAUGGCCAAACUCCAAGACAUACUCACAGAGUGGCAGACACUCCGUAUCUGUAGAAGUUCAGAUGCAGCGGCAACGACAAGAAGAAAGAGAAAGUUUCCAACAAGCUCAGCGCCAGUAUAGCUCAUUACCCAGGCAGAGCAGGAAAAAUGCAAGUUCUGUAUCUCAAGAUUCCUGGGAACAGAGCUACUCUCCUGGUGAAGGGUUCCAGACUGCAAAGGAAAACCCCAGGUAUUCCAGCUACCAAGGAUCAAGAAACGGCUAUACAGGAGGACAUGGCUUCAAUGCCAGGGUAAUGCUGGAAACACAAGAACUGCUCCGUCAAGAGCAGAGGCGGAAAGAGCAACAACUGAAAAAAAAGACAUCUUCUGAAGGGCCUAACAACUAUGACUCAUAUAAGAAAAUUCAGGACCCUACUUAUGUCCCUCCGAAAGGUCCUUUCAGGCAAGAUGUACCACCUUCACCAUCUCAGGUAGCCAGGCUGAACAGAUUACAAACUCCAGAAAAGGGAAGGCCAUUUUAUUCUUGAGUUGAAGAAAAAGAUGAUCAACAUAUCAUGCAAUAAAGAACAUUUUCAUAUAAAGACUUGUAUUUCAAAACCUGUUUAAACUGAUGGUACUAAGGAAUACAUCUGUUGUCUGCUUCAGUGCCUUUAGCAAUAUGGGCAAAGAAUUGAUAGGCCUUAUGUUUUUGCUAUUCUGUCCCAAGUGUUAUAUUCAUGGAAGGAUUUUCCACCAUUUGACAAUCAUACUAUAGGUAAGCAGCGUGUUGGUUACCAAGCAUCCUAGCCCAGUCCAGUAGUUGUCAAUGGCUUAUUAUUAGGAUUUACUCUAAUGUGUUCUACUUUGCAGUGAGUUAUUGCACAACAUACAGCAUUGUGGCAUAAAUUAAAUAAUUUGAAGUUGAAGAAGGCAUUGACACAUCUUUAUUAUUUCUCUUGGGGUGGGGGCCGGGUUACAUAUCACUCUUGAGUGGAUAGGGCUUAAGUCCACUGAAGAUCAAAGUUCUAAGAUGUUUUAUGGUGGAAUCAUUUACAGUCUUUGUUGAUCAAUAUUUAAUUGUCUAUAUUCUAAAAAACUGUUUUUCUCCUGUUAUGCACACAUUCUCUUUCUCUGAGCUCAUAUAAAAAGUCUUUAUCCUGAUUCAUAAGUAAAACAACAUUACGGCUUUCAGUUAUCCUGGAAAUCCUUUUACAAUGUCUUAUAUCUUAACAUGUAGUACUUUACCAGUGAAAUAACUAAAGAGAGGGUAUUAUAUUUAUAAAUAAAAUCUCAGUCCAGACUAUGACAGAUAUAUUUGUUCUUUCAUGAAAUAUGAGGAAUUGUGGAAAAACUUAAGGCUGGAUUGUGAUUUGUUUUCCUUAAAAAUGUAUGAGGUCAUGUGAAAAUUGUACCUAAGAAAAGAAUUAGGGAAGAAUUACCCCACAAUCAUCCUAUAUAUGAUUAUAAUUCACUUGUCUUUAUUAUGGGAGGGUUGGGAGGAGGGCUUAGAGCAAGACCAAAUGAAAUCAGACCUUCUUUUUGGAUCAAAAAACUAAAAAAACCAAAACAACUAAAAAAAACCCAGAAAACAAACACAUACACCCAACUCUUUUUUCUAUCAUUUGUAAAGUUUUGUGGAUGAUCACCUUGUGAUUCUAUAUGCUGUACCUUUGCAUUGUGGUACCACAUUAAAAAGAAACUCUAAAAUGUAUGAAUAAGAGAUAAAUGGAGACAAUCUGUUACACAUCAUCCUGAAAACAUGUUAAUGUCCAAAAAUAACUGAAAUAAGAUUGCUCUAGCAGUGAUAUUUAAUGUGCAUAUGGGAUAUGAGAAUUUCUUUUGCAGCAGCUGUUUUUAUGUUUGUUGGUCUGAACUUCAUGUAUGGUAAAUAUAUAGCUGGGUUACUAAAGUGCCUGCAAAUCCUUAUGUGAAAAGGCUUGAGAUUAAGACUCAACAUAUCAUGCUUAAAAAAAGAAAGAAAAAAGAAAAAUCUUAGAUUGUGUGAUUUAAAAUAUGCCUUUUUUUUUUUUUACUGGCACAUUUUAUUUUUGCAUCAACCAGUUUUUAGAAUAUAUGUGACCUUUCAGCACAUAUAUCUGUCUUUAUGCCUGUUUGGUAAUGGUUUUUGUUGUUAAUAAUGUACUCCAGUGUUUAAAAAUUGUUACUAAUGUAAACACAGUGACAUUGGAUGACAAUGGCUCUUUUACGCAGAGUUUACAAAACUGCGUAAAACGGCUUUCCCUGUACAUAUGAAAUUUAGAAUAAAAGGCUGUUUCCAUUCUGGUCUUAGCAUUGCCUGUUCUAUUCCUUAGUAUUGCCUAUGGAACCUUACGAAAACUGGAGCAGUCAUUACCUUUAAAAAUAUUUAACA